AUGGUCCACGCCGACGCCUCCAACUUUGGGGCCAAUGUGACCAAGGAAGAGGCAUACAAGCAAGUUCUCGAACAGGCAGAAGGGCUUUUUGAUGGCCAACGCAACUGGGUCUGCAACCUCGCCAACACGGCAUCCCUCCUCUGGCACGCAUACCACUCGCUCCCCUCGCCCAGCUCCGCCGUCAACUGGGCGGGCUUCUACACGCUGGACCCGUCAUCGGCGACCCGGCAGCAGCUGAUCCUGGGCCCGUUCCAGGGCAAGGUGGCGUGCCAGACGAUCGCGUUUGGCCGCGGCGUGUGCGGUGCCGCGGCCGCGCAGAAGCAGACGCAGCUCGUGGCCGACGUCGACAAGUUCCCCGGCCACAUCGCCUGCGACGCCGACAGCAGGAGCGAGGUUGUCGUGCCCGUGCUGGAUUCCGAGGGACAGCUGAGGGCUAUUAUUGAUGUUGAUUGUGCACUCCCGGACGGGUUUGACGAGGUGGAUAGGGUGUGGCUUGAGAGCUUGGCUGCAUUGGUUGGGAGGAGCUGCGAUUGGUGA